UUCAGUAAAUUCUUGUCAUUGAUAAGGCAGGUCACAGAAAAUCACCCAGAUGCUGGGAAAGUGAGACUGUGCUUUCAUAAACUGCUUAUAUCUUUGAUGUAAAAUGGCUUUUAGAGGGACAUUCCCACAUAAUUUCUCAUUAUUGUUUAGUGGUCUGCAGUUGAUCCAUUGUAUUUUUACCUCUUGUUUCUCUAGCUCAUCCUUGUAAACAUACCCCUUUCCCUUCACUGGCCUGUCAUGUCUCCAUCCUUCUUUCCUUCCUGAAACCUCAUUCCUUCCAAACAGUCUGCAAAGACUAUUUUACCCUUUGAGGAAAUGUUAACAACCCAGAUGACAAAACAUCUUCAAAACAAGAAAAGUAAAUACAUAAAUAAAAAAACAGCAUCAUGGAAUUAGCAAUAUGCAGCUAAACGCCACUGCUAAUCACAUCAUUCUCUCUCUCUCUUUCACCCUACAUUUUGUCGUCUUAUCCAUCACUAACAUGCCGAGAACACUGUUGUUGCUAUAUAAUCGCAUAGCACACUUUGCUGGCAGCAUGCCAGCAGCUUAUAUACCUCAUACAGAUACCCAUCAGCAAUAUGCAUAGCCUCAGCCUAUUCUCUAUUAAUAAUCUUCUGAUAUACUCCCACCAUGGUCUACAGCCUGUUAAACACACAGCAGAGGCAACGGUCAUAACACUUCAUGGGCUGUGGUGUGGAGAGUAUGGGAAGAGAGAAGAGGAGAACGUAAUCGUUAACAGGUUAAACGCAUUGUUUUUCCUGAUUACAGCAAAUGCGCUGGGAAAGUCUGCACAGCAGGUAGUGAACCAGGCUACAGAUGCAUGUCAGAAAGGUAUUGACCAGGCUUGCAAGACUGCUCAAGAAGGUGUAGAAAAAACAACUGGACAAGCAUCAGAAGCCGUGUCUGGCCUUGGGAAAAAAAUUGGACUUAAGAAAUGAUGAUCAUUUAAACAAAGAGUGUGAGAUGUUGUAAAAUCAAUGUUUGCACUGCAAUUCAGUAAUCAUUUGUGUAGAAAUAUGAAAGCUGUUUGCGAUUUGGAUCAUUUA